AUGUUGAAGGUCCGGCACCUGGUGGCAGGUGCACUGCUAGCACUCGUUUGGUCGCAGUCAUGGUACAUACGAACUAUCUUCCCCAAAGCCUUUUUUUCUGUGCCGAGGGAAAUGCCGUCGUGGUAUAUCCGAGGCGGCGAAAGCAGCGCGUCGCCUCCCGUGACGUGCACGCCUAUCCGCAGCGAGUAUGUGGCUGAUCCACAAGCGUACGAAACGAAUCCAUCUACCAGCCAACAUGCACAAAUAGCCGAUGCAUGUGAAGACUUGCGUAUGUCUGACACGCUGGGCGCCGUGUUCCUGUCCUGCGAUCCUGGACGCAAGGAAUGGAAUGUGUUCAUGGGGCCCACCGCCAAUCCUGCUUCUCGUGGGGCCCUGUGGGUACUAGAUUACAAGACGGCACCAGACGCACUACCUGUGCUCGUCCCAAUGGAAGGAUAUCCAGACUCGUACGAUUUCCAUCCGCAUGGUAUGAGUCUCUUUGUCUAUGACGAGAACCAUGCACGCAUGUUUGUGGCGAACGAGCGCGCGGCAGCAUCAACGAUCGAGGUGCUGGACCUUGAGAGGUCGCAUGAGUGGCGCGCCCAGUACGUCCGCACACUGCAGCACCCUGUUGGAACGCAUAUGCCCAACGCCCUUCACGCCGUCGGACCCCACGAACUGUACGUGUCGAACUCCAAGCUGGUGUCUCAUCGUCCUCCUCCGCGCGCAUCGUAUGAGGCUGCGAUCGCCGCCCAGUUGGGGAACUUUCUUGCGCCUUGGCUCUACGUGGCUUUGACGUACCGACCGCUCUUUCACAUAUUCUCUUUCCUGGAUGACUUGCUGGGGCUGGGCUACGUGUCUCAUGUUCGCUUCACAGACGACGGCGACGUGACACACUCCAUCUUUGCGCAGCGCAUCUCCUUUGCCAAUGGCGUCGUCGUAUCAGGUGAGCAGUUGUACGUCGCUGCAACAGGUGCCGCUGGCAUUUACGUAUACGAUCGGCACAAGAAGGCUGCCUCGAAACGACGCACCUAUGUCCCCCUGCCAUUCCUGCCAGACAACCUGGCUCUGACUGUGCCGUCAGAGCAUCGCACUUCCCCAGGUGUUCUUGCCGCCGGGCACCCGUCUUUGUCCGACAUGCAUCUCUAUGCGUUGCACUCCACGCCAGCCCGACGUGCGCCCAGCUGGGUCGCAGAAGUGUGGUACAAUGCGUCAUCAUCAACUGAGCACGACGAGGCAGGCGUACCAUUUCCCAGCGAUCGAGCUAUACCGCGCCUGCCGUAUGGGUGGCACGUACAGACGCUGUUUCAGUCCAGCGGACGCCAUGCGCCCGAUGUAUCGGCGGCCACAACGGCGCUGUGGGAUCCGACGCCCCAGGGUCAUGGCGCCUUUUUUGUGACCAGUCUGUAUGGGCCGAGUCCUCUCUUGUGCAAGGGCAUGUAUUCGUAA